AUGGAGGACGACUCGUACGCGGAAGAGGUGGCCAGCAUCCUCCAGCUGGUCGGAGACGAGUUCAACACGGUGGAGUACUUCGACAUCGUCGAGCGCCAUGCCAUCGUCAUCUAUAACAUCUCCGGGCACUCCGAUUUCGGGGUGCGGUUCAACCUUCCGGAGCUGGCGCUGGCGUUGGGGAACGCGGUGUACGUCCCGCAGGAGUUCAACUGCGUGAGGGUGGACGUUCGCGUCCGCAGCAGCCUCGAGGCGUCCACGCGCUCGGACAACUCCAGCGGGUUCCCGGGGAUCGAGCACGUACCCGUUUUGGAGGCUGACCGCAUAUACGACACCCAAGCGGUGCUCGCCCGCAGGUUCCCGCACAACGACCCGGCCCUGCUGACCAGGCGCAUCAUUCAAGGGGACCACUGCUCGAUCAAGAUUUCCAUCUUCACGAACGGCAGGGUUUCGUUCACUGGCGGCAGGAGCCUGCUGAGCGUCGCGGUUGCGCUGUGGAAGCUCUGCCGCGUCAUCCGCCAGCGCGUGAACAGCAAGGCCGUGGUGCGGAUGCUGUCGCCCACCAACAUGAUGGCCGUGUAUCGGUUCCCGUCGGCGAUCGUGCUGCAGGCGUUCGAGAAGCAUGCGAAGGGCUGCAUUUACGACCCGUUCCGUUUCUCCGGUGUGCGGCUGCGCGUGCCAGUGAAGCCGUGGAACAACCACUACGACAUUCGCACGGUCAUCCUGGAGGGGCUCGGCAAGCGCAUGCCCGCUGCGGAGCCGGCGUACCCGGUGAGUGCCGCCCCCGACUCCAGUGACAGCGACGAGUUCGACGCCGCGUCGGAGUUAAGCUCGUCGAUGCCGGCGUUCGUGCAACCGACUGCCGCCCCCGCCGCGGCUCCGAGAGCAGAUCCGCCGGUGGCCGCGCCGCCCAUUGCUAGCACUGGCAUGGCGGCACCGCGGCAGCGACAGCUCAAGGGCAACCUCAGGAGGAUCAUCAGCGAGGCGCUGCCGUCCAACAAACGCCAGGUGGUGGACUCCUCCGCGAAGUUGCAGAAGACCGUGGACACCGGAGCCGGCAAGCGCGUUUGGUCCACCAGCACGACCAUCAGCGACCCCGACACCGUGUACGGGCGGGAGGAGGUGGUGACAUUGAAUGUUUUCACCAGCGGGAACGUGACCCUCACGGGCGCCCGGUCGGUCGCGAGCCUGCAAUACGCACUAUCGUACAUCUACCCGGCGCUGAAAGCGUCCACCGUGAAGAACGUGCUCAAUUAA